AUGGAAUACGCUUCGCUGUGGCCUUCCAUCGCGGGAUCUACUCCUACCUGCCUUAUCAUUGUCUCCACUCCAAUCGGCGCUCGCUUGACGAAGAGUGAUAAGCUUAUCCGUAUCUCUUCCGGGAUUCUCUCCGGGGCCCCGUGUUUAUCUCCAAAACCAGGGCCUUCCGGGAAAGCAGCAGAUUACAAGGAGAAGCCAGCAACUCGAUCUCUGUCUGGCAACCUCGACUUGACCGAUGUCUUCUCCAAGGUCUGCAACGUAUCUUGCCCGAAGACGGACCAAGACUUUCACUGGUUGCUGGACAUGCCGCUCAAGAAAAGUCAAGUGCGACGAGGGCAAACCACACUGUUCUCCGUGCAAAAUCUGAACUUGUCUGAUAUCGAACUGGCCAACGAUGCAUCGGCCUCCAGAUCUCAGAGGCGACAAGUUCCAAUUUGUAGGCUUUCUGAUCACCUUUUGACAUGGAGUCAAGUCGAGGGGAUCCUUAAACUCAUUGAGUCUGUAGAACCAUCGUCAGCAACCAGCUCAAGCGAUGACGUGGGUAUUCACGUCGAGAAUUUCGGAGUGUUUGAUGUAGGAAAACCAUCGACUAUCGAUUCUCGGAACCCUGCCGGCACUUUGCUUCUGCAAGAUACUUUGACGACAACCGAGACUUGCGAUGAAGAGUCUGAACGAAUGUUGAGUACUGACCUGGCUCUUUACACUUCCUCUCCAAGUGUGCCAAGUCCUGAGAGACAGCAGUUAUUGCCAUCGCCUUCAUACUCCGAAGCUGAAGUAGCUUGGGAGUUGUGCAAUCUGCAUUUGCAAGGGCCUUCGGAGACGGAGGUAGAUAGCCUAUGCCCAGGCCUUGCCGAAGACCAUUCAGACAACCUUCAAGAUGAGGGAGUCGCUGACAGAGCCUCGUCUUCUUCAUCAAGACAUCAGCGUUGGCCCGGGAUAAGCGUCUCCACGGAACUUCCAAGGCCAACGAUGGCAUUUAUCUCUGAGAGAGAGCGAUCUCUCAUGCAUCACUACAUGCAUAGAGUCGUCAACAUAUUUUGUGUCAUCGACAAUGCAAAGAGUCCUUGGAAGACGAUACAUCUGCCUCGAGCUAUUCAGGGUGCCGGUGAGCUGAGUGUGAUGGGCGCAACAUCUAGGAUCCGCAAUGCCCUGCGAAACGCGCUGCUCUCUAUAAGUGCCUACUACCUCUCAAACGUUCAGGUCAUGUCAGGAGACACAAGCACCUGUGGUGUUCAUCUAGACGGCGCUCAACAGCUGAUCAUCCACAUGGGGAAGGGAAAGCCUAGGCUAUCUUCAAAGUCUCGAGCUCUGCAUAGGAUCUACUAUUACCUUCGAGUUAUUUACGAAAGUACCGCGCCCCUACGAAGUCGCACAUGUCGCUUUUCGCCAUCUUCCAGAGAAGGUGUUCUUCAUAUGCCCCAUUCUCCAGGCCAACAAGUCUCCACCAGUACUUUCCCUUUCCCAGACGAGGAUGCAAUAUCUUCGUGCUCUGAGCCUGUACAAGCAGCAAGCAAGAUGGCAUCAUAUGAAUGUAUCUAUGGAAUCCCACAGAGCUUACUCGUUUUGCUUCAAAGAACCAUUGAUCUGAUUGAUAGGGUCGAUGCGGCGAGGAAGAAUCAUAGCAUCACAUCGAUGCCAAAGGAUUUGGACAGAACGUGCGAUGAUAUUGAAAGAGAUAUCUUCGACUGGCCACUCGACUUGGAACUCACUCGGUAUCGAGAUGCCGACAUUGGCACGAGCUUUGAGAUCAUCUAUCACCAAACACAUUCAUUUCAUAACGCUCUCAUUAUUUACUUCUCCCAGAAUGUCAGACUACUCAGCCAUAGGUAUCUCCGCCAGUAUGUGACGGAGGUUCUCCAUGACAUUGAAACUAUCGAGAACAUCAAGGCCGAGAGCAAGCUACUUGCUGCACCCCUCUUCUGGCCGGCUUUCAUGGCGGCAACGGAAGCUCAUGAUCAGCGUCUCCAAGACCGCUUCCGCCAAUGGUAUACUAAAGUUGCGGUUUACGGCAUCAAGGCGGUGAGAACAGGAACUCAAGUUGUGUAUGAAGUGUGGAAACGGGGACCCUCGUCUGAUGGUCGUGUGACGAGCCAAUGGCGUACCGUAGUGGAGGAAACAGGGAUGACUUUGAUGCUGACAUGA